UUUAGGAUCAGCUUGACAAUUUCAAACCAACAGAAAAAAGAGAACCUGGGAUUUGAAUAGACAUGACAUGGAAUCCAAAGAUCAAGUGUCGAGCCCCCUGCUGAGUCUGGUACGCUCCCAGCUCCCAGGUCUGGAGGGACCCCAGUGCCUAAGACCUUCUCCCACGGCUCCUCAUGGACAGCCUGUCAUGAAACGAGGAGCCAGCUGAAUGCGCGUAAGCACAUCAGGACACCAGGAUUUGGCCAGAAGGCAGUUCCUCUCCUCCCCUCAGGAAUUCUCGGAGACUGUUCUGCCAUGACCACAGCGCGGUGCCGGCCCACGUGGGACCUGGCCCUCGAUCCGCUGGUGUCGUGCAAGCUCUGUCUCGGGGAGUACCCAGUGGAGCAGAUGACGACCAUCGCCCAGUGCCAGUGCAUCUUCUGUACUCUGUGCCUGAAACAGUAUGUCGAGCUCUUGAUCAAAGAAGGACUAGAAACUGCGAUCAGCUGCCCCGAUGCGGCCUGCCCUAAACAGGGCCAUCUGCAGGAGGACGAGAUUGAGUGCAUGGUCGCUGCUGAAAUUAUGCAAAGAUACAAAAAGCUACAAUUUGAAAGAGAGGUGCUCCUGGACCCCUGUCGGACUUGGUGCCCGGCUUCCGCCUGCCAGGCCGUGUGCCAGCUUCAGGAGAUGGGGCUGCAGACCCCGCAGCUGGUGCAGUGCAAAUCCUGUGACAUGGAAUUCUGCUCCGCCUGCAAAGCCAGCUGGCACCCUGGCCAAGGCUGCCCGGAGACCUUGCCGAUCACCUUCCUUCCCGGAGAGACCAGCUCUGCUUUCAAACUGGAGGAGGACGACGCGCCCAUCAAGCGCUGCCCCAAGUGCAAGGUCUACAUCGAGCGGGACGAAGGGUGCGCCCAGAUGAUGUGUAAGAACUGCAAACACGCCUUCUGCUGGUACUGCCUCGAGUCUCUGGACGUGAGUACAGCCUUGAGCUUGGCUUUGAGGUUCAGACUUGCAGUGGGAAACACCCUAGCCAUUUCCUAA